AUGCCAGAAGACUUCCAGCAGUUCUGCGAGAGGAUGUGGCAGGCCCAGACGCCACCUCCAGCAGCUAGAGCCAUACCUGCGGCUAGACCGGAGUGUGUUCCACCACCACCUCCACCAGGUCUUCCGGCGUUCCAUGCGCCAGUAGCCAUGGAUUAUCUUGCACUGGUCAAGGAACUUCGGGCCAUGAACACCCCGAGAUUUGAGGGUUCUCAGAUCCCUGAGGUUGCUGAGGACUGGUUGGUACGAAUCACUCAUGACUUCGAUUAUCUACGGUGUCCGCUACAGUAUCGAGCAGAGAUAGCGAGCCACCAUCUGUUCGGACAGGCUCGCCACUGGUGGGAUGGAGUUGAACAUCGCCUCGUGGAAUUUAUCAAUCUCCAACAGAGUGACCGUUCUGUGGGCGACUACGAGGCAGAAUUUACCAGACUCUUGCGAUAUGGAGCUAAUCUUGUUCCGACUGAGCGACUGAAGAUUCAGAAGUUUAUUGCUGGCCUACGCCCCUCUCUGCGGAGGAAGAUUGAGGUGCUGGAGUAUCCUACCUUUAGCCGAUACAUCUGUCAAUUUGAGAAGAUGGAGCGAGGCGAGCGUGAGGAGCAGGAGGAAGCCCGAAUCCGAGACCGAACCCCUGCCAAAAGAUUUUUUCUUAGUCGACCUUCCACUAGUACUGACCAGACUAGUCAGUCCCAAGACAAAGGGAAGACAUCAGCAGUUCAACCACCACCACCACAGUCGACCCAGAGGAGGCCUUGUCCCCGAUGUAGGCGAGUUCAUUUUGGUCCAUGCAGUACUCCUCCAACAUGUUUCCAGUGCGGACGACCGGGUCAUAUUGCGACCUACUGCCCGGAGAAGGGGACUACUUUGACAAACGCUAGACCUCUUCGCAUUCAGCCUUUACAGCAGUCUGGCAUUGCACCGAGAGUUUACGUGUUGGCGGCAGAGGCUGAUACUCAGGGCGAGGCGUACUACGUUGAGGAACCAAUCACUGAUGAUGUUGUUGCAGAGGAGGACGCCGAGCAACCCGAUGUUGCCGCUAUUACUGGUAUUUUGUACAUACACGAUAUUUCUUGUCAUACUUUAUUUGAUACCGGAGCUACACACAAUUUUCUUAGUGUGGAAAAGGCUGACGAGUUAGCCCUUACGGAUAUCGAUACUACUAGUCGAUAUCAGAUACAUACGCCAGGUGGAGAGAUCCUUCCUAUGCGUGGAGUAUUGCAUGAUGUGUCAUUACAAAUUUGUGGAAGGGAUCUUCCUGCCGAUUUAAUUAUCGUACCUAUUCAAGGAUAUGAUUUGAUAUUGGGAAUGGACUGA